ACUACCCCGAAUCACACAUUUACAUAGAUUGAUAGAAUGCCACCGACUGAGGAUCAAGCUGCUAAAAUAGACCAGGCGGCAGAGGCAGGGGAACAGUUUGCCAAGCUUUAUUAUGAGACCUAUGAUAAGAAAAGACAUGAAUUAAUGGCCAAAAGCUAAGUUCCUGUAACCAAUCCAUAUGUCAUGAUUAAAAACACAACGUGAUGGCAAUGAUGGUAGAAUCGCCGGAACUCAUAAGGAAAUUUUACCUGGCGGCAGUUGACAGGGACCUGUCUAGAAUAGAAGAAUGUGUUCUAGUCCAUGGUUUGGAUGUCAAUUACAUAUUCACUGAGUCUUACAUACAUUCACAACAUACUGCUGGUACAGCAUUACAUAUAGUUGCUGAAAAGGGACAUACUGAUAUAAUAGAUGGAAUGCUUAUGUUAGGAGCUAAUGUUUGUCUUAAAAAUAAGUCUGGUGAUUCUGCCAUGCAUAUUGCCUGUAAACAUGGAAAUAGCCAAGCUGUCCUCAGCUUCUUAAAUAGUAAUCAUAUUUCCAAAAAUCUCCAAAACAACCAUGGCAUUACUCCUCUAAUGCGAGCAAUUUUUCGAUUUUUGACUGCCUUCAAGGACGACUACUUGACGAUUAUUAAGUCCCUGAUAGAAUACGGAUGUGAUGUAAAUCUUUCCCCUGAGAGUUCCAAAACAUCUCCCCUUCACAUGGCUGCAGAAAAAUGGGAUCCUAUUUUGUGUGAGCUUCUUAUAAAUGCAGGAGCUCAUGUGAAUGCUAAGGACUCUAAAAAUAGUACACCACUUAUCACAGCUGUAUCUCAAAUAAGACUAAAUCCAGGGGUUGUUAAAGUUCUUGUAGAAGCUGGUGCUGAUGCUAAUGGUGUCAAUGCAAAUGGAAGGACUCCUUUACACAUUACAGUGUCCAGAAAUGAUGAUUUGAGUGUUGUUCAUCUCUUAAAAGGUGGAGCUAAUCCAAAUGUUGCUGACAAUGCAGGAUCAACUCCCCUUGUUAUUGCAGUCCAUGAAAAUAAUACCAAGAUUGUAUCACACUUACUGUCAUAUGGGGCUGAUGUGAACUAUAUACCAAUUGAACAGAACAAUAUUAUGCAAAGUUCACUGGAGGAAAGGCAAAGCAUUCUGGGUAUUGCAGUGUCAAAUGAGAAUACAAGAAUGUGUAACCUCCUUAUUAAAACAGGAAGUGAUAUUCUGAAGAACAGUUUGAGAGGGAGGAAUUUAUUAACAAUGGCAGUCAGGAAAGAAAACAUGGAGUUAGUCAAGCUGUUUCUUAGACUAAACUAUCCCACCCAGUCUCUGUCAGUGAUGUUUCCUGUUAACCAUCUAAGUCCCAAAUCUGCUGACAUUUUCCUGUUACUCCUAAAGAGGGCAAUUUAUCCUGACAUUUGUGAAUUUGAAGAAUGCUUAGCCAAACUAGAUGGCUCUAGUAUUCACAAAAAGAAAGCAGAGGAACUAUUCUAUAAUGCAUCCUCACUUCGAGAUAUUUGUUGCAAACAUUUACGGAGAUUGCUGGGGUUAGACAUUCAAAAGAAACUACAGGUGUUACAGGAGGAGGAGCAUAUUGCUCAAGCACAUGCUGAUGAAAUAUUACUGAUCCAAGAACUGUAGAGGG